AUGGCUCGAUGUUCUUUUGAUAAUCAUCUAUUAAGUCUUGUGGGUACAUUAACUAUUGGAGCUACAUUAAUAAUGCUUCGACCAGAAGGUCAUAUAGAUUUAGAUUAUCUUACAAGAGUAUUGAAUGAAAAACAGAUUACUACUAUGCAUACUGUUCCAUCUUUAUGGAAUAGUCUAUUUAAUUUUCUCAAUAUUACUAAUCGAACAUCGUCAUUACAAUGGUUACGAACUGUAUGUAGUGGUGGUGAAGUUCUCAACAAUAAACUAGUUAAUCUAUUGAAAAGUCAAGUGCGAAGUGAAUGUCGAAUUCGAAAUCAUUAUGGUCCAGCUGAAAUUACUAUUAAUUGUACGAACUAUCUAAUUGAUCUAAACAAAGAUCAAACAAAUAUUCCAAUAGGUCAACCUUUUCCUAAUUAUCAAUUUUUAGUAUUAGACAUGUUCUUACAAACUGUUGAUAUCGAACAAGAAGGAGAAUUAGUUGUUGGAUAUGUUGGUCGUGAUGAUUCAACAGCUAAAGUAAUGAUUAAUAUUAAUGAGCAAAUAUUUUAUAAAACAGGUGAUCUUGUUCAAAUGGAUAGCAAUGGACUGAUUCAUUAUGUUGGUCGGAGAGAUUUUCAAGUGAAAUUACGUGGACAACGUAUUGAAUUACAAGAAAUUAUACAACGUUUACUUAUGUUAACAUCCAUUAAUGCAUGUGUUGUUAUCAAAUGGGAUGAAAACCAUCUUAUUGCUUAUGUUCAAAGUGAUAACAUUAAUGUUGAACAAUUACGUCAUCGUUGUCAAUCUAAUCUACCAUCACAUAUGAUUCCAUCAAUAUUUAUUAUACUUGAAAAACUACCUUUGAGCCCAAAUGGAAAAGUAGAUCGAAAACGCCCUCCACCACCAGAUUUAUUAUUAUUGACCCUCUCAUCAACACCAUCAUCAUUAACGACAACAGCAUUAGAAAACAGAUCUAAUCUUCCACAAAAUCAAUUACAAAAAAAGAUACAUGAUAUUUGGUGUGAAAUUCUUCGAUGUAUUGGACAACAGAUUUCAACAACUGCAAAUUUCUUUAGUAUUGGUGGUCAUUCACUUUUAUUUAUUGAACUUUAUCAUCGAUAUCAACAAUUAUAUGAUUUUGAUAAUCGUGUACUUUCUAUUGCUUUAUUUCUUCAACAACCAACUAUUCUUCAACAUUCAUAA